AUCUCUUGCUUUCUUCCAGUUUUGAUUCUGUUCUAGUAGUAGUUGACCAACUGUCGAAGAUGGCCUAUUUUUUGGCUUGCUACAAAGACAUUACUGCUAAACAAACAGCCCAACUUGUACUUCAUGAAAUAGUCCGACUUUAUGUGCCCCUCUGGAAAAUUAGAUUACAAAAAGCUUGGGUCUUACCAUAUUUUAUCUCAAAUAAACCCAGUAGCUUAUCAUUUAGAGUUAUUCUAUCCUUUCAGAUCCACAAUGUGUUUCAUGUAUCCUUGUUAGAGCCAUAUGAAGUUAAUGACAUUCCAGAUAGAUAUAUAAAUCCACCCUCUCCGGUAGUUGUUGAAAGAGAGCCUGAGUAUGAAGAUACAAUCCAAAUGAUUGCUCUUGGAAGCCUGCAAAAAAUAUAG